AUGGAGGCCGUUGGCUUUGGCGCCAGCAUACUCACCUUUGUGGCGGCGGCGGUUUCUGUUUCCAAGUCAAUUCAUGAUAUCUUAUCAGCAAUCAAAGACGGCCCAGAGACGAUCGGAUUCCUCAACAACGAAAUUUCCCAGCUUGAGGCUAUUCUGCAAAGACUACUGCAAGUGUCUGCAUCGACAGCUGGACUUAGCGACAGACCAGAACUAGAGCAGCUGGUCAAAAAAUGCAAAGACGACCUGGUCGCCUUUGAGGCAAAGCUUCGUCAGCUUGAUGUCUCGGGGGCUGACAGUCGAAGAGGCCGGCUAUGGCGAAAGCUCAAGAUCUGUCUCGAAGAGAAGGACCUCGACCAUAUCCGAGGUGUAGUCAAGUGGCAUGUGCACAUACUUACACUCCACAUGGUCAUCGUCCAGACCCGGGAGUUACCAGCUUUGACAGAUAUACUUCCUACCCUUCAACAGAUUCAUCAAGGCGUUGCGGCCCUACAGGUGGCAAGCACAUCUGCUGCGAUUAUAAAAGUCGACUCAUCGGGCAUGCCAUCCAGAGUUACGGAGCUAGACGAUACAGAGUCAAAUAUUGCGGAAGAUGUGGCUUUAGACGAUGCUAUAGCUCGAUUGAUGAAGCUACUUGAGAAAAGACCAGGCGUUGUGGAGUCUGACGACUCGAAGAAAAUAGUCGAUGACUUGUCAAGACUGUUAUACUUUGUUCAAGAUGAGGUACUUUCUGAAAAAAAGGGAGGAGAUGACCAGGAUGUCUUGAACGAGGUGAAGCUCUUCACAAGUCUCAUUAUUUGUGCACCUUCGAUAAGCCUCAACCAAAACGACCCGCGGUCUUUCAAAAAAGCAAACGGAAACACUUAA